UUGUCCGCGCGAUAGCACGCGUGCGCGGUCACCGUCCGCCAUCUUUGAUUUCACAAACCUAUAACAAAAUACCAUCAGCCAAUAGUGACAAACAAAAACAACACUCAACUAAAUAUAAAUAAAGUUGUAAGUGCAAAAAACUAUGUCCUGACAAAAUAAUGGCGGACUUGAUGCAAAGAUUAAGAGAACUGGGACGCAAGAAAGAUGUGAAUUUGAACAAUAGUGUUUAUUCUGUGAUAUCGUGUAGUGACCUAACACCGGGGAGUGUCGAUAUAUGGGUGGACCUGCCUGACGAAAUCAAGUUUGACCCCCUACUGGCGCCCUUCAAGCAGCGGUAUGAGCAACAGCAUGGUAAAAUAGAAUCGGAGGAACCUACAGAAGGUGAUAAGACAAUAUUUGAUAAGAAACAUGAGGUGGACACGAAGAAGGAAGACGCGGAACCUCUUAAAGAUGCUGCUAAUAGAUUAAUGGAUCCUAUGCAAACUAAGGAUGAAAAGAAAUUGAAAUCAGUAAAGAAGAAACGGCUAGACCAAGCACUGCGGACAGUGAAGCUUUGUGCCCUGAUCUCCUGCUGGGUGCUCCUCACUGUGUCCUUAUUGAUGAACAUGGAACGGUCAGACGUGGUCCUACAUACUGCUGUGCAAGGUGGCGAGAUUAAAGAAUACGUGUUACCAGCCAGUGAGCAUCGUGUUAAAGUAUCGAUCACAUUGACUGGUCCCUUUGCCCAGCCUGUUACCAAUGACAGCGUGAACUCACUUCAUCUUUGGCUGCAUAGAUCUGUCGGUGACAAUACAACAGCUGAAUUUGAACAAAAUUCAACUAAAUGGAGUAUACACCUUCAGCCUGAAGAUAUCCUCGACUUUUCCCCCAGUUCCACUGAGACCAGGUUACUUAUCCUUGAGGAUCAGGCGCCCAUACUCACGAGAGGACAUCAUGACCUGAACACAUCCUCACACAGCCUUAUAACGGAAGAGAUCACUAGAUGGGGUCAGAUUGGAAUGAACGGUACAAAACUGACUCUGCGCAUGAGUUCCACGAGUAGCAGUAUAGUUCCACUGACCGUCAGUUACCAGAUGAACCCGAUCGACCCGGAGGAUGGCAUUAUAUAUGCUACCAUACUUCUCAUCACUUUAUACACUCUUAUUAUUUUUGAGAUAGUAAACCGCACAAUUGCAGCUCUUCUUUCCUCGACUUUAGCAGUAGGAGUUCUGGCUCUAUGUGGAGCUCGACCCACGUUACCUGAGCUGGUUUCCUGGCUGGAUGUGGAAACUCUGCUCCUGCUAUUCAGCAUGAUGUUGCUGGUCGCUAUCCUGGCUGAAACUGGACUGUUCGACUAUCUCGCUGUCUUGGCUUUUGAAGUGACAGGCGGCAGAACAUGGCCUCUGAUCAACGUCCUAUGUUUCUUCACGGCAAUAUUCUCGACAUUCCUGGACAAUGUUACAACCGUGCUACUGAUGACACCAGUUACCAUAAGGCUCUGCGAGGUAACGCAACUGAAUCCAGUACCUGUUCUAAUGUCGAUGGUGAUAUUCAGCAAUGUAGGGGGCGCUGCCACUCCUGUGGGCGACCCACCCAACGUUAUCAUUGCCACACACCCAUCUAUAGUGAAAGCGAAUAUCAACUUCACGACGUUCACUAUACAUAUGGGGGUAGGCAUACUAAUAGUAUGUGUGCAGACAUACUUCCAACUUAGAUAUAUGUUUAAAGACAUUAACAAAUUGAGACAUAGUGUUCCUAGAGAUAUAUUAGAGUUACGUCAGGAGUUGGCAGUUUGGAGACGCGCUGCUGCUUCAUUAUCGUCCUACUCUCGGGAUGAAGAUAUAGUGCGGAGGGCGCUUGAAAAGAAGGUGGAAAAGCUGAACAUGGCGUUGAAUCGCCGUGAAGCCGGGGGCGGGGCCUCCAGAACUGAUCCCAUGUUCUGCUCCACACUAGCGCAAAUGAAACAGAAGUAUCGAAUAAGAGACAAGCCGUUGUUAGUGAAGUCCACUAUCUGCGUCUCCUUCGUCAUCAUAGUAUUCUUUCUACACGCCAUUCCUGAAUUACAACGGCUCUCUCUAGGCUGGACGGCUCUUCUAGGAGCCUUGCUGCUGCUUCUCCUGGCUGAGAGAGCCGACUUGGAGCCAAUCCUGGCCAGGGUCGAGUGGUCAACGUUAUUGUUCUUCGCUGCACUCUUUGUGCUUAUGGAGGCUCUAUCGAAGCUCGGUCUAAUAUCCUGGAUAGGCAGCAUGACAGAAAACGUAAUAUUACAAGUUGGUCAAGAAUCCAGGCUUACAGUGGCAAUUAUGCUGGUAUUAUGGGUAUCAGGCAUAGCAUCAGCGUUCGUGGACAACAUUCCUCUGUCCACGAUGAUGGUGAGGGUGAUAGCAGCGCUGGCUGACCCAGCCGGGCUGGGUCUACCACUCGCUCCUCUCGCCUGGGCUCUCAGCUUCGGAGCCUGUCUUGGAGGAAACGGAACUUUGAUUGGCGCAAGCGCAAACGUCGUAUGCGCAGGAGUGGCCGAACAACACGGGUACCGGUUCACAUUCCUACAAUUUUUGAAAAUUGGUUUUCCUAUAAUGCUUGGGAACUUAGCGGUCGCUUCACUAUAUUUAUUAUUCUGUCAUUGUUUCCUACAAUUACAUUGAUUUUUUUAAAGUUGGUCAAAAUGUGAAAUCCUCUUUGACGGGUCCCGUACAAUUUUUCAAUUUAAGUAGGUAGGAACUUAAUAUUUUUUUUUAUUAAGAAAAAUUAUCGAUCAAAACAUUACUUAUUUAAAAUGGUUUAAAACAAUUUCAAAGACAUUUACUUUUUUUUAACAUUAAUUCGUGUUGUUAAAAUUGAUGUUUAAAAACUUUAUUUUAAGAGAGAUUUAAAAAAAGUCACUACCAUUAUCCCCUGUAGGUAUAGUAAAUGCUUUUGAGUUG